AUGGCCCAGCCUCCUGUGAUACGUUCCGCAUGCAAAAUGGGACUUGCGUUUUCGCUGCUUGUUUACCCGAUUUGUGGUCAGGAGGCUAUGCUCGGAGGUGCUCCAAGCCCGAAUUCUCUGUUGCGGGACUUGCGCACCAUGCAGUUUCCCAGCGCACCUUCGGGCCAGAUGGGCCAACCUGGUGCAUUUCCCGGGCAGGCUCAGUUUGGUGCAGGCCUUGGCCAAGGAGGCAUGGCUGGGAGUGCGUUCGGCACGCAGCCUGCGCAGGGCUUGGCAAGUGGAGUCCCUCCUGGGACCCCGUUUGGGCAGGGGCUUGGGCAGGGCCUUGGGCAGGGCCUUGGGCAGGGCCUUGGGCAGGGCCUUGGGCAGGGCCUUGGGCCAGGCCUCGGGCAGGGCUUUGGACAGGGGUUUGGGGCUCCAAGCGUUCCACAGCAAACGCAGCAAAUGCCACCGCAAGGCUUGGGGGGCUUUGGUUGUGGCGGAAAUCUGGGUGGAAACGCAGGAGUGUUGCAGGGCAACCCAAUGAAUGCGGGACAACCAGCUUUUGGGCAGGGGCUGGGAAGUCCUUUGGGGGGAGGCCUGGGAGGAGGUUUGGGAGGCUUCCAGGGCGCUGCAACAUCGAUGCCUGCGUCCUACGCUGCUCAAGGUCUGCAACAGGUGCCGCAAGCUGAAGACAGGACUCUCGAGGAUCUCGCCUGCACUGUUGGCCCUCAAAGUGGUGUCUGGAGUGCUGCAAAGCAAAGGUUCCGCCAGAUCUUUCAAGACACACUGCCUUGGCAGCCUGCAGCAAGAGAGUCAUUGUCAGCAACUAUGGAGUCUGGCCUUCAGAUUCUCAUGUCGGCAGGUGCCAUGGGACCCCAGGCGCCUGAUGAGUGUGGCCUGGGAAAGCUGACCCUUCAACUCUUUGCGUUCGCCGCUGUCGAUGACCCCCAGGUCUUGCUGCAGCUGUUCAGUGCCCUGGAACAGUUGGCUUCGCCAGUGCUUACCAUGCUGCUUGACAUGCCGUUGGUAGCCUUGGCCCAGACUGGGUGGCCUGUAAUUGCUUUGCUGUCGCAGAUAAACCUGCGAAAACAACAGAUGGGAGCCGUCAACGAUGAGCGAGUGGACGGUUUGGAUGAUAUGGCUGGCCGGCAGUUCCAGGCGCAGCUUCUUGCAGCUUUAGCUGCCAAAGAUGGAGCGGCAGCCCAGGAUGCAGCGUCUCGAUACCUGUCGGCGACUCCGCAGGGACAGAGCGCGUUGGCACCUCUCACGGCGCUGGCGACGCAGGCCAUGGCGUCUCCAGACGCGCAGGAAAGGCUCCAGCUUUUGGAGGUUUUCCAGCGGGCUCUCAAGCAGGUCAUCGGCAGCGGUGCCGAGUUGGACCUGGCGUUGAGUACAAGGUGGCCGCUGUGGGGUGUCCUCCACAUUGCACUGGAUGCAUUUGCGGCUUAA